UACAUGUAGUAAACAUGUUAUAAACGUCAGAAAGAGUGUAGUUGAUAUCAUCUUAGAUUCUAAUAUGUUAUAAACAAAAUAUAUGAAUUAAUAAACGUUUAAACCAUUAUAACAAUGGAUGCUUAUACAUUACCCACCGAGUUUGAUGUUAUUGUAGUUGGGACAGGUUUGGUGGAGUCAAUUGUAUCAGCUGCAGCAAGCAGAGUAGGUAAAACUGUUCUGCACAUCGACAAUCAACCCACCUACGGCGGUGAUUGGGCUUCUUUUAAUUUGGAAAACAUACAACAACUGCCUAAAUUAUGUGAAGAUAGAAAAGAUACAGAGACAGCUGGCCUCACAUGUCAUGUCGGAACUCGAAGUGAAAUCAAAGAUGUUCAAAUUCAAUGGCAUUGCAAAAAUGAAUCACCAAACAAUGAAGAAAUGAAUGCAUCAGGAGAUUGCAAAUCAUUGAAAUGGUGCAGGGAAACACUACUAGCAAAAUCAAACAAAUUCAUCUUCGAUCUAGCACCAAAACUACACUUUGGCAAUGGUGGCUUAGUACAAUUACUGAUAUCUUCUAAUAUAGCAAGAUAUACCGAAUUUCGUAGCGUUUCACGUAUUAUGGUCUAUUUUGAGGGCAAAUUAGACGUUAUUCCAUGCUCACGAAAUGAUAUCUUUUCCAACCCGAACGUAAAUGUAAUCGAAAAACGCCUUCUUAUGAAAUUUUUUACUUCACUCAACGAAGAUGGUGAUAAAGCAUUUGAAAACAUUGAAGGAAAGACAUUCAAAGAGUUUUUACAAGAGAAACAAUUGACACCCAAAUGUAUUCAUUAUAUAAUUCACGCCAUUGCGAUGACAACACUGGAUGAACCUUGUUCAACUGGUAUUGAAAAAGUGAAACGUUUUCUUAAUAGUCUGGGCAGAUUUGGCAAGACGCCGUUUUUGUAUUGUAUGUGGGGUAGCGCUGAAAUCCCACAAUCGUUCUGUAGAAUAUCUGCAGUUUUCGGCGGAGUUUACGCCUUGAAUCAACAAUUGAAAGAGUAUAAGUUUGAUGAAAACGAUAAUUUCAAAAGUUUAAUUUGUGGUGAGCAGGAGAUAACUGCUCAGAAGUUCGUUACUGGCGUAGGAAGUAAAGUUGGUAACAAAGAGCAACCGGAAGAGUAUAUUGCAAGGUGUAUAUUGAUUACUGAUGAAUCAGUUCUGAAGACUGAUAGUGAAAACUUGUCCCUAAUUUUGUUUCCAUCUGAAGAUGGUUUGGAAAUGUGUUAUAUUAUUGAGGCUGGGCCAAGGACAGGGACAACUUGUGAGGGUGUUUAUUGCGUGUAUAUGUUUAUGAAACAAAAAACGAAUGCGAAAGAUGAUCUUAAGUACUUCGUUGAUAAAUUAUUUGGUACUGAAGAUAAUGCACAAGUUCUGUGGUCUUGUUACUUUUCAAUGCCGGUGGGAAAAGAUUUCGAAACAAUAGGAAAUAAUGGUUUUCUUUGUCCUGGACCAGAUAUGGAUUUAGAUUAUGAUGGAUCUAUUGAACAGGCUAAAGCGAUAUUUAAGUCAAUGUAUCCUGACGAUGAAUUUUUACCACGCGCACCAGACCCAGAAGAGAUUAUAAUUGGUGGUGACGAUGAAGAAUCAAACGAGUUGACAGAAGAAAGCGAAAAUCAAUCGGUGUCACUCACUCAACCAAAGGAAGAUGCUAAUAAUAUUGCAGAAUAAUUAUAACUGUAAAGAAAUGCUUUUAUUUUAUCUUAGUUUAAAAACUGAUCGUAAUAAAGUAUAAAAA